GCUUACUCGGACCUUCCUGGUCAGUCAGUCAUUUCAGACCCAGUCCAGUCUUCAGUAAGUCACAGGCUCUCAAAGGGGAAAGACGUACAUUGUGAUGCUGUGCUAAGCUAAAAGAACACUUUAAAAUGAAAUUGUUUAGCUAUUUACUAAUCAUCUCUGCUGUAAGCAGUAGGACUAGCUUGGCAGCUAGUGAAAUAGAUUCAAAUAAUAUUAUUUCCGUCAAAAUUUCGGAAUCUCUUCCCAGACAUUUGUGCAGACGAGCAAUUAAAAAUUUAGAGGUUUUGUUGAACCAAAUCUCGGAGGAGUUUCAUCUUCUCUCCGGGGGCUCCGAUCUAGUCUCCGGAUAUAGAGUAGAGAUCCCAUCUGCCUGGAGAAAUACAGAGUGUACCAUGGAAAUUAAAACCUCGGAGGGACGGGUCAGUUCGGAGGAAAUCCUUAUCUCCGGUUCCCAUCCAGUCUUCUCCUCCGGAACCUACUCUGAACAGUUCGGAGGCUGUAAUGUUCAAGGUUUAAAAACAUAUAUUCCAUUUUCCUUUCUGACAGAAACACCUGAUAUACAAGAAAAGAAUCUGAACCAAACCUUACUUGAACUCACCAGAUGGAGAUACGGAAUUUUUUCCGAGGUUGGAUAUAGCACAGAUCCUAUGUACCCUGAGAACCGAACCCUAGGAUUAGGAGAGCUUCGUAAUGCCGGAUGUACGGCGGAAGAGUUGAUAAACGGCGGAGGAUUGUGUCCCAUCUCAAGUUAUGACUCCGCGGCGGAGACUAAACAAAACCUGCUCUGUGCUGAGAAUCCUGGUCGUCAAACCAUCCUCAAUCAGUUUCUUGGUAAUGAGCCUGUCAAGUUCUCCAGGUCUCAAAUUGAAUACGUAGUUCCGUCUGAUACUGAGAGAGUAAUCCUUCUUAUUGAACAAUCUCAGGGUAUGGCAAACCUAUGGAGUGCAAUCCUAUCCAGUACCUUUCAGUUUAUCAAUGCUCUUCCGGAGGGAUCUGAGUUAGCGAUUAUAACUUAUGGAGCUGAAGCUACAAUCCAUCUUCAAGCAACCAGGGUAGUGGGUGGAAACAGAGAAGGAUUACAUUACCGGAUACCCAGACGGGUUGCUCCGGAUUCCGGAGAUUCUGAGCCCUGCAUUUUUUGCGGAUUUUCAGCUGCCGGAGACUUGGCUACCAACACCAGCACAAUAAUCAUUUUAUCUUCAUCUGUCACAGACAAAAACCACACACAGUUAAUGAAAUUCGAGCAGAGCGCCAAUCCAAUCAUUCGGAGGAUAGUCUUUGGCAAGUUUAGCCGACAAUCUUUGGACAGCCGUAGACCCGUUUAUAUGAUCAAUGAGAAUGAAAAUAUUCUAAAUAUAACCAGUGAUGUGAGUUUAGCCCUGGCUAGCUUGUCAGAUUCCUACCCCAGUAAAAAGUUCCAUAUGGAGAGCUUGGAAACCCUGGAUACUGAAGGAAGUUUUGUUGUGGAACCUAGUCUCAGUUCUGAUCUAUGGCUUCAAAUUCUGCUGGAUGACACAACGGACAUUAAUGUUUUUGAGAUUAAAUCUCCCUCUGGUCAAAUAUUCUCCUUUCCUAAGUUUGACGCGGGUUUGGUUUACUUUUCUCUCCGGGGUCCCAGGGAGACAGGGGUCUGGAGCUACAGGAUCAAGUUCUACGCCUCGGCAGCUAGGGAUCGUAGAAUGAUCCUUGAAUGUUGGGGAAGCGGAGGAUCAGGAGAGAUCAGUUUAAGAUCCUGGACAAGGAUGACGGAUGAGCCUCAUCAGCCUGUUUAUAUCUAUGCAAAGUUGGACCAGCUUGGUCUUCCAGUUCUCAAUGCUCAAAUAUUUGCUGUGAUAUCUAAACCUGGAGAUGCAAUCACCAAGGUUGAGCUACUAGACAAUGGAUUAGGAUACCCGGAUAUUGUGUCCGGAGACGGGAUUUACUCCGGAUAUUUCUCCCAGUUCUCCGAUGUACCCGGAGUAUACUCCGUGUAUGUAGAAGCUGUGAACAAUGCAACUGCUGGAGUCAUUAAUGUAAAGAAGGUUGAUCAAUUAAGUCUGGAGGCCAGAGGAUCAAAUUUUCCAACCCAACCUCAGAUCCCGCUAGAGUCCUUCCGGAGGUAUUCCACCUCUCCCUCCUUCUACCUAAACUCAACCUCAGAAUUCUUUGUUUCCUCAGGAUUGGUUCAGAAAAGGGACUCCCUCCCCCCUUCCAGAAUCACAGAUUUUAAACUUGCAAAUUAUUUUAACAAUUCCCUGUUUGUAACUCUAGCCUGGAGCGCACCGGGAAAUGAUUUCAACGCCGGCCAAGCUUUUAGAUAUGAAAUCAGAUGUUUUACUGGUAGACAAGCAUUGAGCCAGGAGAACUUUGCUGAACAGGGAAUACUAGUUCAUUCCUCUCUUGUACCCAGCCCAGACGUACAGGGGGUGGAGCAGAGAUGUACAGUGGGCGUUCCCUGGCCGGAGGAGGUGUUUUACUACGCUAUUGUUGCAUUUGACUCCGCUGGGAACAGAGGAGAAGUAUCCAAUAUUAUCUCUGUUUAUGUUAAGGAACCGGUUACAACAACAACAGAGGAUUCGACAACAAAGUUUCUGAGUAUGAAGGAUGUGAGUAAAACUCUUCCCUUGAAAUCAUUUAUUCAUUCUGAAUCCAUGAUGUACAUCAUCGCAGGGGUCAUCUCGUUCAUCCUCAUCAUCAUCGUCAUCAUUCUCACAAUCAUCAUCCGUCGUCUCGGAGUCUGUGGAAGGAAAAUCAACACGGAUCAAAACUCUGAAGAUAACUCUUCCCUGCCAGACCUCUGCCAUGAUCAGAGUUAUAUGCGGAAUUCAAUCAGUUACAUGAGCGGUUAUGAUCUUCCAGAAAUGCUUGAAUAUGCGCUCAGAUCGCCACAGAAGGCAAGCGCACAAGAGAUUACAAAUAACAACGCGCGUUUCUGUGAUCAAUAUCAUGUAAAAAUAUCCUCCAAAACUCCAAAUCAGGAAGAUCUGAGAUAUUUUCAUCAAAAAAUCCAAUCACAAAACUCUCAAAACUCUCCGUCAAUUUCUCCUGUAAAUUCUACAUUCACCGUCGGACAGUCAACGGACUGCUCUGUGUCCGUGAGCGGAAGCGACCAUGAGAUGGUCGGGGAUACGCUCCAGGUUGUGACUCCGUCCUAUCAGGACGUACGAGAGAAGUUUCUCCGUCCUGAACCUAAACCUAGAAAGGUUCCUCCAGCAGUUCCGAACAAAACAGUUCAUGCCUCUCUUGUUUAAUUUCUCAACUGGAUUUAGAAAUUGUAAAUAGA